AUGGAAACACGAAUACAAACAUCGGCCGAUAUUGGAAAGUUGACAAAACUACGCAUUGAAUUUGACGGUGUAAACGAUAACCUUCAAUUGCACAUUCCAUUAGUUGAAGUUGAAGUAGACACCUAUGUUCAAAGACUUUACUAUGAGUCUUCAAACGAAAUGUUCAUCGACUUCUACUGUCACGAUGAUAAUGAAGAGGACGGCGAAUCGACGAUCAAACGGCACUCACUACAAGAUGGUGUUUCACAGAGUAAUAUAUCAGUUUGGAGUAAUGAAGACGAGUCUGAAGACCACUUAGAAAUGGCUGUGACCGAUACCAGUUGA